AUGCCCGAGUCCUCGGAUGUACUCCCCACUCAUAUUCAGUCUAUCCGUCGAUCUGCUACUCUGCCUACCAGACUACAUCUCCGGAAGCAGCCCAGCUCCGAGUUUUUACGCACUACAGCCUCCGAAAAUGACCUUUUCUUCCACCCGUCUGCGAAGAUAGUACAUUUCUCCCCCCGAGCCCUUGCGCCUAUACCCUCGAGUACCGCUCCCGCCGAUUUCGAUUAUCCUGUUGAUACCAUCGAAACUCUUCCAUGGCGAUCGGCCACUGAGCGAACAGUUGCCUGUGCGCCUCUGAGGCUUGAGAAGGUGCAUGGCCUUACUGUCUUUCUGAAGUGUGGGAGCGUCGUUCAUGCAAUACUCAAAAACUCCCAGUGUUGGUGUGUGGAUGGAGAGUCAACGUUUGUUCUGCGCAUACGGCCUCUCACAUACUAUCGCAUCGAACUUUCGAAUGAGACUGAGGAAGAUAAGAAACUUGUAGCGGCUAUGAAAGAGGCGCUAUCUAAAGUUUUGCGAUAUGAAGUAACGCCAUGCCCCUUCAAAAGAGGUUUUACUGUUGAGUUACCCGAAGAAGCGAAAGCUCCGAGGAGGAAGCGGGCCUGGCGCCCAAAGGGGCGAAGAGAAAGUGCCCCCGUUCGAUCAAUGUCGGUAUUGGAAAACGCAUCCGCGGCGGAAGACUUGACUUUGCUUAAUACAAGCGCUGGGGAAGAUACGGAUGGAAAUACAACCGACGAUAGCGGCUUCACCACGAAAGACAGUAAUAGCACAAUUCUGGAGACGGUUCCUGAUGAUGAGGAGGCGCCGUCUUCAGCCACCGUUCCCGGUGUGCUGCCACUUUCCACAAGCUCCGUGGCGGAAACACAACAGAGCUUCGAAACCUUGCUGGCAAGGUUCGAAGAGGCCUCCGACCUGCAGGUUGGUCCUGACAUGUCCUACUCCUCAAGUUUCGAGUCAUUCCACUCGAUCGAAAUCCCACCUUCCCCAGCCGCUGAGAUCCAUUCCCCAUUGACAACCGCAUCACCGUUGUCAGUCGCUUGCCCGGACAAAUUCCCAGAGCAACAGGAAUGUUUGGCGGAAGACAUGGCAUUUCACCUGCCGGAUUCAUCCGAGAAGAAAUCCUUUUCAGCAGCAGAGCGCGGCAAUCGCACGGCCUCUCAGGCUGAAACUUUACCAAUGGACCAGUCCUCGGGAUCGAGUUCCACGUCGUUCCUGGACAUCCCCUCGAGCGCUGAGACCGACCUUGCAAGAAACCUGAGCGACAUGAGCAUUGAAUUUCGCCGGCGCUCCAAAGCGUCGCGAGAACGAGAGAUAUCGCCUAUGCCACCACCGUCCAUUCUGGUCAGUAGUAGUCCACCGGAAAAGCAAGAUGCGGCCUCCAUCAUCCAGAAGACUGCGACCCUUGUCCUCGUGCCUCCAGUGCAAUUGUUCAUAUUGUUGAUUCACAUUGCAGCGAGAAUUGUUCUAGGCCCAGCUCUUAACUCAGCGAUGGGCGAUUUCAGCCGAAAACUGGAAUAUCAUGCCGCCAAUUCUCAAGAAGCCGUGGAUGACUAUGAUAUCCCUAUUGCGCCCGACCGUCGAACAGCAACAGGAUCGGAUGUCGCGAAGAAACUCGAUCCCUGGGAUCUGGACUAA